GCAUUUUGGCAAGAACGGGUACCUGCACGUAAACAGUAGCACCUGUAGAUUACCUGUAGGGGGGAAAACAUAGAGGUACAUCAAUAAAUAUUUACUUAACUGAUCCCCUAGUAGCACAGAUAAUUUGCAACAAAGAUAUAUACAGCCAGAAAACGAUGCACAAUGUACCUAUGUCGUCUGUAACGAGCGACGCUAAAAACAUGGCCGAUUGACACACUGCAACGAAAACAUGUGAUACUGUUUUAAGAAGGAGUAACUACAAAGUUUGACUAUAUAUUAUCAUGGUGUUAUAAUUAUGAGGUAAUUUUCUGCUUUUGAAUAUAUAUAUCGAUGUUAUGAACGUUGCAAGUCGAAGGACAAAAGCAGACGGAUAAUUAAUUGUGGAAGGUAGCUGGCAGAAUUCCAAGGCUGCAUGACAAAGACUUUGUCAAAGAUGUCUCACAGGAAAAAAGAAUCAUCAAAGAAGACGUCCAGGGUGCUAGCCAAUCGAUAUGAAAUCGUCAAAAAACUUGGAAAGGGCAACUUUGGCACAGCUUAUCUAUGCAAGGAUCUGAGAUCAAAAAACCCAGACACAGAGGAAUAUGAUUUAAAAGUACUUAAGGAGAUAUCUGUUGGAGACCUUCAACCAGAUGAGACUGUUGAUGCAGUAAGAGAAGCCAGGGUCUUGUCCAAACUUGAUCACCCAAGCAUUGUUAAGUUUCAUGACAGUUUCAUAGAUGGAGAAUCAUUCUGUAUUGUUACAGAAUAUUGUGAGGGAGGUGAUUUGGAUUGUAAGAUAAAUGAAUGUGUAAAGAAUAAACAGCAGCUGGAUUCUAAGUUGAUAAUGGACUGGUUUGUUCAACUACUGUUAGCAGUCCAUUACAUGCAUCAGAGGCGUGUUCUUCAUAGGGAUCUAAAAACCAGAAAUAUUUUUCUCCGGCAAAAUAUGAUUAAGAUAGGAGAUUUUGGAAUUUCACGAAUAUUGAUGGGUACCACAGAUUUAGCAUCAACUUUCACAGGAACACCUUAUUAUAUGAGCCCAGAAGUGUUAAAGCAUGAAGGAUAUAAUUCUAAAUCAGACAUUUGGUCUAUAGGUUGUAUAUUAUAUGAGAUGUGUACACUUGAGCAUGCCUUUGAUGGGAAGAGCCUGAUGGCAGUGAUGUAUAAGAUUGUAGAGGGAGAGGUCCCAAAACUACCAGAUAAAUUUUCAGAACUAAACAAUGUUUUAAAACUAAUGUUGUCCAAAGAUCCAGAAAAGAGACCAUCAGCAACAGACUUGUUAAAAGUUCCCAUGAUCAAGAACCAUAUCGCAAAACUGUCAAAAGAAUUUCAUGCCAAAAGUCAAGAAAACAGUAGCAGAGAUGCUGAGGAUAUUGCUAAGUUACUCACUGAAAAGUCUUACUUGAGUGACUUGAAGUCCAGAGAGGAGGAGGUGAAAUUGAAAAACUUACCCCCAAGGGAAAGAAUGAGAUUAAGGAAACUCCAACAAGCUGAUAUGGAGGCUAAAAGGCUCAGAGAGGUAGCAAAAGUGCAAUUAAAAGAAAAUCAGGAAAGAAACUCCAGAAUUCAGAGUACUCUCCAUAAAUCCAGUGUGCCUGCAUGGGCUGGAGGAUCAGGGGAGGGGGAGAUGUUUAAAGCAGCUCUCACUGUGAAGGGAGGCCCUACUAUAGCAGCUGAAGGUCAGAAGAGUCGGUUUGGGUCCCGCACUGCACCUAUUUUGAUAAAUGAAGAUGACGAGGAAAGUGAUGAUGAUGCUGACAUAGUCAUGCCCCUUUCCAAAACAUUGACAGUCCCUCGAUCAGUUAGUAAUCCUGAUGAACGACCUAUAACCCCCCUCAAAGAUAAAAUGAUUUAUGACAUCAGAAAUUCUUCACUAGAUUUUAAAGAUGGAAUACCUGAGAACCCAGAACUAGCGGACACUUACUACUCACAGUUUGAUAAUGAUUUCUCUGGUGAUGAUUCUGAAUCAGAUGAAGCUGAAGAAACCGUCAUAGAGAGAACAGUAAAAGCUAAUAAAUCUGAGGCGUCCCCAUAUCAGGGUACUGAAAAAUCUAGGGCAUCUUCAAACUUGGGGACUCUUGUUGAUGAUGAGGACCAGUUAUACAAUAUUAUGCAGGAUGUGUUAGCCAAAGGCGAUGAUGCAGAAUCCACCAUGUCUCUGGCAGAUGACAAGGAAGCUGGUGCAUUUGGGCCUGUUGUUAGGGAACAAAAAAUUAAAAACCUCACAAAGGAGUGUAAGAGGAUCUUGGGAGAGGAGGCAUUCCAGAAGGCUUAUGAUUACCUGAAACAGGCGCGAUACCUGAAGACUUCCUCAGUGGACUCGGAGGAAACCAUCAUGCAGGGUCUCCGAGAAUUUGUCAAGAACCCCAGUGACUGCUUCCUGGUGGAUCAGCUUCUUUUUCUGGAGGAGCAGGCUAAAAUCCCAUUCUGAAUUCCAAGGAUCUCAAAUUCCCACCCCUAAUUUGUGAUUUAACUGAUUCCAUUUUAACUGUCCACUGUGUAUUUUUGUGAAAGUGCCCAGCAUGGUAUCAGGAGAAAUGAAUUUCUCAUCAGACAGAGAGAAAUAUAAAAUAACCGUCCAGAAUGACUUUUGGAAUUAUGUCCAGUCAGCUCACUUUGUUACUGUUUUUAAGUGCUUCAGUUUUAUAUGUAUUAAAACUGUUUUAGCAGCCCUCAUCUGUGAUAUCAUAUACAAGAAAGCUAUACAUUCCGAAGUGUGAAACAAACUGACAAACCAUUGUAAACAAACCACAAGUAUUAUCUAUGAUACAUGUAUUACAGAUCGAGUGUAUAAAAGUGUGCACUGCUGAUGUGUGUUUUUCUCUUGCAUAAUGUCGAACUGCUGCUGGUUUCUGAGUCCUACAAGAUUAAGUGUCUUAGUGACAGGUUGUACAGCAGGUUGUGAAUUCACUGAUUAUCAUAAUAUCCUCCAUAAACAUUUUAUUUUUUUCAGCUGUAUUCUCCAUUCAAAUAACAAUAUUACCUAUUUUUAUCUAAUUUAUACACCUAUUUUCCCAGUGUUAAUAUGUUUUGCCAAGGUAUAAUACUUUUAUUAUAUUUACAGUGUAAGCUCAUUUCUGUCUCGUUUACAUUUGUGUUCAUUCAUAUCACCAUGCAAUAAUGUUUCUUUUUUUAGACUCAUGAUUAUUAUCAGAAAUAUAAUCAAAAUUUUGCUGUAUGAUUAUACAAAAAGGCAGAAAGUUGCAGGAUUAAGAUUUAAUAAAAUCAUGACAUGAAUGAAUCCAGCACAAUAUAUUUUUUUGU